UAUAACAAUAGACGCUGGGUCUUAAUUCUUACGCUCUCGACGCUACGACGACUAUGAGGAAGCUUUUCGGUGCUUUGUCCGUCUAGAAAGUAGCAUAUCUCCCUGCAAAUAGAACAGAUCCAGAUGGAAAAUUCGGCCUUUCUGGAGGAAACGUUGCCCGAGGAGGAGAAGGAGUUUCAGAAGAUGAUAGCUGUGAUCGGGGGUAAAGAGAGAAUCUAUUUGAUCAGCGAUGCCGGUCAAAGUAAAGACGUGGGAGGGGGUAUCUCUGGACUUUUGCGGGAGUUUAUACUUGACAUGUUUCAUUUUUCUCACACAAGCAGUGAUAGCGACACUGUGAGGGAAAACCACAUUUUCGGUAAGACAGACACAGUCAAUUGUAGUGAAAUACCUCUAGCAGUGAGCCCAAAGGACUUGGAUUUGAGAGCAUGUGCGGUGCGAGAGGACAUGGAGAAGGAGAAACGCAGCUGCAGUGCUCAGACAACAGCAACGAGGGGGGCAAAUAUUUACAGCCUGAAGCGAGUGAUUGACUCCCCUGUUAUCAUAUUCAUCUUCAGACAGACAUUUCUCAGCAAAAAAACAAACCAAGUGUGCUUAAAAGAGAUCCUAAUUGACGUAAAGGCGCGUACGAAGCUUGCCAGAGUUGCCCGACCAGCUCUGAUUGGAUUAUUGCGCACGGGACAGGAGAACGCCGAGACGCAUCAGUGUGUGCAGCUCCUAGAACAUCUCAUCCGUUCAGUGUUCCACAGACAUCCACCAGAGACAAUAUGGGUCGGCUGUUACAUUCCGAAGACGGAGGCAAAAAUUCUCAGCAUCAAGAAAAACGCCUGCAAAAUUAUAUACUCAUCUCAAACACCAGAUAAUACCAGGGAUAGUGGGAACCCACUUUUCUGGCCAUUCCGGUGUUUGUUCUGGCCUCGGAGAAGAGGAGCCAGUGGCCAGGUCAGAAACACUUCAACCAGCAGGCAAAGAGGUAAUGCUGGAAAUAUGGAGGAAGGCAUCCCUCUGAAAACCAACUCCCUUUCUGAUAGACCUGAUGGGAGCCUGCUGAAGGGGACAGCUGAUGUUGUAACCAUUGUUAGGGAGUAGUGAACUGUAUGUAAUUAAACUAGUAGUUUAUCUACACUGUGAAGGAACUUGCUAUUAGUUCAGCUAUAUUCCUAUUUCCAUAGUGAUUCAAGCAGUUUUUAACGGUCGCUGAGGGGUGGGCAGCAAAUGUGGAAGAGAGAAGGGGAGCCCUGUGACAAGGGUCAGCGGCUGUACUGCUGACAUCACACACACACACACACACACACACACACACACACACACAGUGUGUCUAGCAUACAAUGCUCUGCACAGUAACCAUUCAGCUAUUGGGGUCUUCCUGUGAUUCAAGUAGUUAAAUUACUGUUUAACUACUGAAACUCCCAACAAUUAUGGGCCAUAAAAGGAAAGGAAUAAUUUUUUUUUUAUUUUACAAAACUGGAAGUGAGCAGUUCUCAGCCCUGGCAAGGACAUUUUCAGUGCCAAACAAAACUACCUGUUGGAUAAGAACUUUGAGAGACUGUUCAUAUCUUGGAGAAAAAAAAGAUAUUCUGCUCUGAAAACUUUAAAAAAUGUGCUCAAGUCAGUCAAACAGUCUAAAAAGGUGCAAGGUAAAUAUUUCUUUCUUUACUGUUUUAGCUGUUAUCAGAUAAUCCAAAUUUGUUUAUAACAAAAAUAUAACAUCCUUGCAAUUUUGUCUUUGAGAAAAGCCCUGAUGGGCUUGUUUCAUUUAGGACAGGUUUAGAUCUCAGGUAUUUAACUCAGUUGAGUGACAUUUUUUUGCUGGCAUGUGACCUUUUUGUAUUAUAUUUUGUAUAAUGUGUGUUGUCAAUUUGGUAAUUUUGUUUUCUAAGUAGUUUGAACUAUUUUUUCUAAAUAGCUUUAUUUAACCAAACUAGUUUUCUCCCUAGGGGAGCUUUGCUGUAGUUAAUCUUUUUGUGAAGUAACUGGUGGUGCUUUCAGAGUAGCUUUUCCAGCACUAGUCAUGACACAUGACUUGUGUCUGCAGGUCUAUGACUGUGCACAAUCCACUGUGAAGAGAAAAGUUUGCCUCAAGGUGCUACAGAGCCUUACUACACAUGAGUGUUUUUUCUAUUGUUGGCCAGUAUUCCCACUACCGAGCCAGUGCGAUUCUGAAGAUGUUGUUAAAUGGUCAGAUAUGUUGCUGUCCUGCUGAGUUACACAUUGUCUUUGAUGUACAGUGUUAGUCACAAAGGGAUUUAUUGUGUAUGUGUAGAAAGUUGAUCAAGAUGUAUCAGAGUAUUUAAUACUGCAGUUAUUAGACAAAGAUUUCAAGAUAUAUCCUUAGAUAGGCUUAAAUGUUGGUGUUUAAUGGCUUGAGACUGCAGUAUGGCAAAACUAAAAAAUCUUAAUUGAACACUGAUUUAGGAAUAUAUGUCACUAAAGCACAAUAUCACCUGACAUAAUAAGGGCCUUGAAGUGGGUCAUGCAUUACCUGUGCCUGAUUGUGAAGCCCUAUUGUAAGGGUCCAUGUUCAAAUCUAGUUUCAAGAGCCAUGUUGUUUGUGUUACAUAUUGCAUAUUCCAGCAUUAUUAGGGUCAAUUAUCACACUGGGAUCAGGUU